AUGUUUGCCGACAUACAAAAGACUCCAACACCAGAUGAAAAUAUUCAGCAUAGAAUGGAAGCACUGAAAGAAAAUGUACACAAAUACAACAACCCUUUUUACUUACGAGCAUUUAACGUUCAAUCUUUGGCUGAACUCGGUGAAAAUAAAAGGUUAAAUUUCAACAAAACAUAUAGAAAUGAAACAUUGUUUAAAGUUCAUUCAGAACCUAACCAAGAUGGAAACAAACCUACUUUUGUUUCUGCAGACUAUGGAACUACAAUGAGAUGGGGUCAUAAAGCUAACCCGGAUAGGUGGUUCAUAAACUUACAACCACAAUUCCAAGAAGUUGUAGACGCAAUGGAAGUCAAUGGUGA